UCCCAGGAAGCUAUCUACUGGCAUACAUCAGAAUAUGCCUUGCAGCACCACCUAGGUCCCGCGAACGGUAGUGCCACGUCUAUGCGCGAGGGUCUUUUCUUAUCAAAGGCCUUUGCACAGUCAAUGCAACCUAAUAAAAUAGUUCCUUUUUUCUAUCGUGCAUCCGGUACAUUCAAUCCAGAAGAUAUAACUAUCACUACCCUUGUUACCUCCAAUCGAUUCAAAGUUUUUGCUCAACUUGUGGAGCGAUAUCAAGGCCCGAUAUCUGUCACGGUCCACAUCAAAUCUGACUCCAGUCACACAACCGCACUCCUUAACGAAUUACACAAGUUAUAUGCCUCAUCGCCAUCGAUGGCUACCUUUGUAGAUGUACAUCUGGUGCUCGACCCUUUCGAUCGGCAGCUCAAUACUUGGCGCAAUAUUGCACGAUUCUUUGCUCGUACAGACUUUGUGAUGAUGCUGGAUGUCGAUUUUGUGGUAUGCACUGACUUUCGCGCGGCUGUGCGUGCUAGCAAGGCAGUCAUGGCUCGCUUGAGUGAGGGUUAUACAGCUCUUGUGGUUCCGGCAUUCGAGUACUUGAAACAAGCUGACGGGGCAGAUCAGAAAAAGUUCCCCCGAGAUAAAAACGUAUGUAUAUCCAUACACUCUUCUUUGUCUUUGACGCAUUUUUCCUUAUUGCAGUCAUUGCUAUCCCUGGUCAAAGCAAAGAAAAUCGACAUGUUCCAUCGUUCGUGGGCUCCAGGACACAACAGCACAGACUAUGCAAGGUUUUACUCCAGUCAACCGGGUGAAGUAUACAAGGUUACACAGUAUCACUCCGCGUACGAGCCGUAUGUCAUAUUCAAGAAGACAGGACCGCCAUGGUGCGAUGAGCGAUUCAUCGGCUAUGGUGGCAACAAGGCAGCAUGUCUAUUCGAGAUGUAUUUGUCAGGCAUGUCGUUUUACGUUCUUUCCGACCAUUUUCUUGUGCACCAAAGUCACCUGUAUGAGGAAGCUGCGCGAAGGCAAGAGAGAAAGAGUAACAGAAAAAUUUAUCAAGAUUUCAAAGAGGAGGCCUGUCUCCGGUGCGUGUUCUUCCUAUCAUUCAGCCUAUCAAUUUUGUCCGUAUAUGCAAUACAACAUCAUACGUACUACGUAACAGAUAUUUGAAAAGCCACUAUGACUAUGGCACUUUGAACACGACGAAAGGCUGUAAUGUUCAAGAGGAGUGUAAAAAGAUCAAAGGUGUCUCUCGAAUCGCCGCGCAGCUCCUCGACGGAAAACUUGAUUUU